UUAUAGGGAGAUUUUGAGUGAGGAUGUGUUAUGGAGUUGUAUUCUCUAUACAAUUAUGAUCUUAGCUUGGGGAUUGACCUGUCGUGUGUUACAGGUCUUCUUGGUCGUUUGAUCCAAGUUUAGGACUAGAUUCAGCUUGAUCCCUUGAGGAUCAUCUUCUGUUAUCACUGAUAACAGGUAUGUUUGUGGUUCGGACUCUGGAUGUGACUUGCCUGCGAUUGCAUACAUAUAUGGUUGAGAGGAGCCCCACUGUGACUGUGAGAAGUGAUCGUCCUAUAUGAUUAACCUCAUAUAUGUAUUCAUAUAUGCCCUGAGUAUUUGUGAGGCCUAUUGUGAUUCUGCAUAAGGGUUAGCUAGAUCAUGUCUUGAGAGACAAAGGGGAUUUUCAUUUUACCCUUGCUUUUUAGAGUUUGUAUGGUUGGACGUUGUAGUCUGUGGCAGCCGUCAAAGUCAAAACCCUUGACUUUCGCCCAAGCCCGGAGCGAGACUCGUCUCCAGGACAGUAAGAAGCGACUGCCACCACAGGAGGCAGUGGGGUGGAGCAAGGGAGAAAGGAAAGGAAAAGGAAGCGAAGGGAAAAGGGAUAGGGAAGAGGGGGAAGAAGAGGAAGUGGGGGUAGAAGGGGAAAAUGGAUAUAUGGCCAAAGAGAGAAGAAUCAGUGAUGAGGGGGCCAAAGGCCAGGGAUCUUGCCCAAGCUCUUUACAACACCAGUUACCAGUUGGAGCAACAGGGGCGAUAUGCCAGAAGACUGACUGUUUGGAAGAGGACGAGAGCACACUCAGGAGGGAUGAAAAGAGGAGGAGCAUCAUCGACGAGUGUGUUCUGCCUUCCCAUGGGCUAGCUGAAGAUGACUUGGUGGUCUUGAAGGAGGGGAAGAGAGAAGAGCAGGCCACGACGAGCUUCGAUCGACGCAGUUUGAUGGCGAUGGCGGUUUCCGGCGGUCUUGGAGUUGUCCUCGGUGCGACUUUGGAUGCGAUGACCACCGGCACAGCUCUGGCCACACCCUUGGAGACGCCAUCAGCCAGUGGAAAGCGGACACAUCUGCCUCUCGAGGAGAUCAAAUCGAUCAUUGAGCACGAUAUGAAAGAGGGAAGGUACUUAUUAACCGGAGAUUUGACAAAAGACAUUUAUGCAGAUGACUGUCGUUUCGAGGAUCCAACAAAUGUUAUCGUAGGCGUCGAUCGUUACGCAGAAACGGUGAAACAGCAGUUUGACCCAGCAGAAUCUAUCUUUGAGUUCAAGUCAAUCGCAGUGAGCGGAGCGAACACAAUUGAUGCAUCAUGGGUGUUGGGAGGAGUGAUGCAGCUCCCAUGGAGGCCACGUAUGUCACCAGUGAAUGGUGUUAUUCGGUACACAAUCAACAAUGAUGGUUUGGUUGCCGUCCAUACUGAGACGUGGAAUGCGUCUCGUCUUAAGGUCCUCCAGGAGAUGCUCACUCCUUCCUUCGGGAAUUAAAGAGAAGUGAACAGACAAGCUAUUAGCAUUUGGGUGAGAAGUCAGAGAGACUUGGCGACUGUUUCGGGGUGGCUUCUCCCAGGUUCAGACGCGGCAUUGUAUUGAGAGAUGAUUGUGGAUUGAGAGAGACUAUUAUCAGUUUUGACUAUUGCAUAGUAUUGCUAAGAUCCAAAGUCCAAAGGGAAACAGCCCAGAUCGAGUGCUAAGGCCCUCAGGACCUAAAGCAAUCACGUAGUGGGAAAUGUCGUCAACAAUUUCGCGAACAAACAAUGCAGGCUCAU